GCUCCGCCUCCGCGCCGACGACGCCAAAAACCCGCGAACCGCCGUCCGCCUCGCGGUCGCGCAAAAUGCCGCCCAAACCCGCGCCCCGGCUCUUCCAGUACAUCUCCAACAAGUCGCGCAAGCCGCCGCCCGCCGCCACAUCCGCCGCCCCAUCCGCCAGCCACGAUGGCCCCGCGUCUGACGCCGACGCCGACGCCGGCGAGGUGUACCGGAUCGUCACGUCCGCGGCCACGCCGUCCGCGAUGGAGUCCGCGCUCGCGGCGUCCGCCGUACCGCUCUCGUCCCCGCUCCUCGACGCCGUCAUGCGCCGCUUCCGCUUCGCGCACGGGGACCCGCUCCGCGCGCUCUCGCUCCUCUCCCUCGCCGCCGACCGCGGCGGCGUCGCGCCGUCGCCCUACGCCAUCGACACCGCGCUCUACGUGCUCGGCCGGGCCCGCCGGUUCCCGCACAUGUGGGACCUCCUCGCGACCACCCGCCGCAUCUGCCCGGACGCCGUCACCUCGCGCACCGCCAUGAUCGUCCUCGGCCGCGUCGCCAAGGUCUGCUCCGUCCACGAGACCGUCGCCUCCUUCCGCCGCCUCGCGCGGAUGUUCCACGCCGUCGACCCGGCCUGCCUCUUCAACGCGCUGCUCCGCACGCUCUGCCAGGAGAAGAGCAUGUCCGACGCGCGCAACGUCUUCCACGCGCUCAAGUACGAUUUCCGGGUGAACCGCCACACCUUCAACAUCCUCCUCUCUGGCUGGAAGUCGGCCGAGGACGCCGAGGCGUUCGUCGCCGAGAUGCGGGAGCUCGGGGUGGAGCCCGACCUGGUGACCUACAAUAGCUUGAUCGAUUGCCACUGCAAGAACCGGGACGUGGAGAAGGCCUACAAGCUGCUCGACGAAAUGCGGGAGAAAGACAUUUCCCCUGAUAUUAUCACUUACACAAGCUUGAUUGGUGGGCUGGGGUUGAUUGGCCAACCUGACAAGGCAAGAGAUUUGCUCAAGGAGAUGCAUGAGCUAGGGUGCUCCCCAGAUGUCCCUGCAUACAACGCAGCGAUACGGAACUUUGUUAUAGCGAAGAGGCUUGGAGAUGCAUUCGCACUGAUGGAUCAAAUGGCCUCAAAGGGACUGAUGCCGAAUCCCACAACGUAUAACCUUUUCUUCAGGUGCUAUUACUGGGCUUUCGAUAUUGGCAGCACAUGGCGGUUAUACGAGCGUAUGCGUUCUGAAGGAUGUUUCCCAAACACGCAGUCUUGCAUGUUCAUCAUCAGGUUGUGCCACCGGUAUGGGAAGGUGGGGCAGGCACUUGAGCUUUGGAGUGAUAUGGUCAGCAACAGGUUUGGAUCAUUCACGUUGGUAUCGGAUGUGCUGUUUGACCUGCUGUGUGACGAGGGGAAGUUGGAGGAAGUUGAGAGGUGCUUCUGUCAAAUGGUUGAGUUUGGGCAAAAGCCCAGCAAUGUUGCAUUUAGAAGGAUAAAGAUACUUAUGCAGGUUGCCAAGCAGGAAGAAUCAAUUGCCAGGUUAACUGAAAAAAUGGCACAAUUUGGUCGACUGGCACCUGAAGAUUGUCAAAGAGUCCACUCUGUUGAAAGCAGGACUAGUAAUGGUGAUACAGCUGAUGCUGGUCUACCGAGAGCAGCUUAGUGCAUACACAUUUGGAUGAUGACGAUCAUGAAUUAAUGGCAAUAAAUUAUUUUGUUGACUAGAUCAAGACUUAUGGAUUUUUCUGAGUUCUGUACUCCGAUGCCUAACCUGAAAUUUUCAAGUUUCAAGAUUCAUCCAAUGGCUGAGCUUUGGGGUGAUAUUGUCAGCAACAGGUUUGGAUCAUUCAUGUUAGCAUCAGAUGUGCUGUUUGACUUGAAAUUGGAGGACGCUGAGAGGUGCUUCUGUCAAAUGGUUGAGAGCAAAAUCCCAGCAAUGUUGCAUAAAGAUACUUAUGCAGCUUGUCAGGCAGGACCGCAGGAAGAGUUCUAUUGCCAGGUUAACAGUAAAGAUGGCACAAUUUGGUUGACUGGCACCUGAAGAGUGCCAAGGGCCCAACGUUCAGAUGAAACCAAGCCUAAUAAUGGUGACGCAGCAGAUGCUGAUAUAUUGACAGCAGCUUAGUAUAUAAAUUUUGACAAACUGAUCGACAAAGUACUUAUUGGAUAUUCCUGAGUUCUGUACUCGGGUGUCUUCCCUGAAUUUUGCCAUGUUUCAAGAAUCAAGAUUUACCUUGUGCACCAAAACUUACUAGUCAUGUUACAAGCUAACAAUGACAUAAUUCGUCACUCCAAUUAUAUUAUCAAUAUAUCAUCAAUGCCAUGGAUUUUUUUUUUU